ACAAGUCCAGCUGGCCGUGUGGCUGACCGGCUGCUCCUAGACUGCCCAUCAUGCCUACCCUCGACCACCUCCUGGAGCAGGUGGGACCUUUCGGCUGCUUCCAGAAACAAGCCUUUGCCUCACUGGCCCUGCUCUCAGUCAACUUUGCUCCUAUCUAUGUGGGAAUUGUCUUCCUGGGCUUCACCCCUGACCACUACUGCCGGCGCCCUGGGGUGGCGGAGCUGAGUACCCACUGUGGGUGGAGCCCGGCCCAGGAGCUCAACUUCACGGUGCCCGGGCUGGGACCCUCCGGGGAGUCCUUCCCCCGCCAGUGCCUCAGCUACAAUGUGGACUGGAACAGCAGCGACUUGGGUUGCGUGGACCCGCUGGCUGGCCUGGCUGCCAACCAGAGCCAGUUGCUGCUCGGGCCCUGUGUGCACGGCUGGGAGUAUGACACGCCUGGCUCGACCAUUGUCACCGAGUUUAACCUGGUAUGUGGUGCCUCCUGGCGACUGGAUCUUUUCCAGUCCAGUGUGAAUAUAGGUUUCCUCCUGGGUUCCCUAGUCAUCGGCUACGUGGCAGACAGGUUCGGCCGGAGGUUCUGUCUCCUUAGCACUUCCUUAGUGGCAGCCGUCUCAGGCACAUUAAUGGCCGUGGCCCCCAACUACCUGUCCCUCCUACUUCUCCGCCUGCUGCAGGGGCUGGUGAGCAAGGGCAGCUGGACGGCUGGCUACACCCUGAUCACAGAAUUUGUGGGUUCGGGCUACCGGAGGAACGUGGCUAUCCUGUACCAGGGGGCCUUCGCUGUGGGGCUGGUGCUGCUGCCUGGAGUCGCUUACCUCCUUCCACACUGGCGGUGGCUGCAGCUGGCCGUGUCCCUACCCAUCCUGAUCGUCCUGCUCCUUUGCUGGCCUCUGCCUGAGUCCCCACGAUGGCUGCUGUCACAGAAAAGAAACUCGCAAGCUUGGAAGGUUCUGGAACACAUAGCCCAGAAAAAUGGGAAGCAACUUCCUUCAGGCCUCAAGGUCCUCUCCCUGGACGAAGACUCACUGACGACGACGACGACAACGAGGCAGAGGCCAUCCUGCAUUGAUCUGUUUCGGACGCCGCAUCUGCGGAGAUAUAGCCUCAUCCUCAUGUACCUGUGGUUCACCUGCUCCGUGCUGUACCAAGGUGUCAUCAUGCACGUGGGGGCGACAGGCGCCCACCUGCACCUCGACUUCCUCUACUCAGCACUGAUGGAGUUUCCUGCCAGCUUCCUCAUCCUUGCUGUGGUGGACCGAGUGGGCCGCCGCCACCUGCUGACCUGGUCCAAUGUAUUGUCGGCCGCCACCUGCUUCUUCAUGGUCUUUGUCACCCGUGACUACCCUUGGCUGAACACGGCCCUGGCUUGUGUCAGCCGGAUGGGGAUCACCAUUGUCUUCGAGCUGGUGUGCCUGGUGAAUGCCGAGCUGUUUCCUACCUUCAUCAGGAACCUGGGGGUGAUGGUGUGCUCCUCCUUGAGUGACCUGGGGGGCAUCAUUGCCCCCUUCCUGGUCUUCAGGCUCAUGGAACUCUGGCCUGGCUUGCCCCUCUUUCUGUUCGCUGGCUUGGGCCUGUUUGCUGGGCUCCUGAUCCGGCUUCUACCUGAGACCAAGGGAGCAGCCCUGCCUGAGACCAUUGAGGAUGCUGAGCGCCUGGGGAGGAAAACAAAGCCCAAAGAAAACAAAAUCUACCUGCAGGUCCAGACCUCAGACUCAUCAGGCCCCUGAGAGCAACUGUCUACUGAUUCUGGGCAGAGAUGGACACAGCAGUGGAUGGCAUAAGAAUGUUUCAGAAGCCUUCGCCUGUGUUUCUCCUGCAACUACUAAGCCCCACCUCAGUCAUUACAAACCUCAGCAGGCUCUAGGCUGCCCUCUUUU